ACGGACCGACGGACCGCUAUAGUCCGUCUAUCCAGCUGCCUCUGCCUCUGCAGAAGAAGCGCGCAGUUCCAUACAGCAGCAGCGGUGCGCGCGCGCGCUCCACACACUUUCUUUCUCUACACGCGCGGUGUGGUGUGGGAGCGGGGAACCGAGACUGGAGUCCCACUCGCGCUCUGCGGGAGUCACUAUCGCCGAAGUGACCAACGCGCCCGCGUGCGUCUCAAGUGUGCGCGUCCCGGCGCUUUCCUUCCAUCCCCGCGUCCUCUCUCGGGACUUGGAGGAGGGGGUUAAAAAAACAAAAACGUUAUACUAAGGCUCUCGGAUCCCGCCGAGGCAAAGUUGAGCCCCGACGACGCGCGCGGGGGGCUCAGCUGAGAUUGCAGUGGAGAAGAAGCAGCAGUGGCGGCAGCGGCAGAGGAGCACGCACGCAGACAAAAUUGGAUUACAGCGGCGGUGAUUUUAUUCGCAGCUGCACGCGGGUGAAGUGCUAAAACCAAGGAUUUCAUUCAUCUUUUUUUUAUUUUUGGGGCACGCAGGGAAUUAUUCAUUACCAGAGAUUAUACGUGUCACCCCCCCCCCCCCCUGCUGUUUGUGAGUGUCUCACCAUCAGAGGCUGCGCGCUUCAUCCGAGGAGAAAGUGGACUGUUGCAAUGCCUUCCCGCGCCACCUUUUUGGAGCUUUGUGAAAGGGAGAUGCUGGGAUGAAGUGGUUCUUAAUCAUGUUUGCUCGCAGCAUACGGAGCAAGAGGAGGAGCAGAAAGAGUAACAGUGGUGCGCUGCUCUCCUUGGCCCUCUUGGUGGUGUUGACCUGGACGGGUGACCCUGCCAUGGCUCAAAAGCGAACUGGCUCGGAAAAGGUGCCGGUGCUGAACAUUGCGGUGAUCCUGGGCCGCACACGGUACAUCUCCGACCGGGACAUCCGGGCUCUGUGGAGCAAGGAGGACCCCAUCGACGUCAACGUGGUCACUCUGCUGGUCAACGAAACCGACCCGAAAAGUAUCAUCAACCACAUGUGCGACCUGAUGUCGGGGACAAAGAUCCACGGCGUGGUUUUUGGGGAUGGCACUGACCAAGAAGCCAUUGCCCAGAUUUUGGAUUUUAUUUCCUCGCAGACACUCAUACCCAUUCUGGGCAUUCAUGGGGGCUCGUCCAUGAUCAUGGCAGACAAGGAUGUAAAGUCGACUUUCUUCCAGUUUGGUGCUUCCAUCCAGCAGGAGGCUUUGCUGAUGCUGAACAUCAUGGAGGAGUAUGACUGGCACAUCUUCUCAAUUGUCACAUCAAAGUUUCCCGGCUAUCAGGAGUUCAUAAACAUCCUAAAAACCACAGUGGACAACAGUUUUGUGGGUUGGGAUCUGCAGAACAUCAUCACUCUGGAUGCAGUGGAGGAGGACAGUCGGUCCCAGAUCAUGCUUAAGAAAGUCCAGUCUCCGGUGGUUCUGCUCUACUGCUCCAAAGAUGAGGCGGUCUACAUCCUGGACGAGGCUCGCUCCCUGGGCUUAACUGGAUUUGGUUACAUCUGGAUCGUCCCGUCGCUCACUACAGGGAACCCGGAAAUAACCCCAGAAGCAUUUCCAUCUGGAAUGAUCUCGGUGUCAUACGACGACUGGGACUACCCGUUGGAGGCUCGAGUUCGUGAUGGUCUUGGAAUCAUAACGUCAGCAGCAGCAGCCAUGUUGGAAGAGUAUGGGGACAUCCCUGAAGCCAAGACAUCGUGCUACGGGCAAAUGGAGAAGACCACCAAGUUGCCUCCAAGUGCACUCCAUAAGUACAUGAUGAAUGUCACGUGGGAUGGCAAAGACUUGUCCUUCACGGAGGACGGCUACCAAGAAAACCCAAAGCUGGUGGUCAUCGUUCUCAACAAGGAAAGAGAGUGGGAGAAGAUGGGGAAGCUGGACAAUGGCAGCCUGACAGUGAAGUACCCAGUGUGGCCGCGUUUCAACUCCUUCGGGGAUGCUGAGCUCGAUGACAACCACCUGUCCAUUGUCACCUUAGAGGAGAAACCUUUUGUCAUUGUGGAGGAUGUGGAAAGACUCACCGGUACCUGCAUGAGAAACUCUGUGCCCUGCAGGAAGCAUAUCAAAGACAACACAACAGAGGCUGGAGGGACAUAUAUCAAAAAGUGCUGCAAAGGAUUCUGCAUUGAUAUACUGAAGAAGAUUGCAAAAUACGUUAAGUUUACCUAUGACCUGUACCUAGUUACCAAUGGGAAGCAUGGCAAAAAGAUCAACAAUGUCUGGAAUGGGAUGGUGGGAGAGGUGGUCUAUAAGAAAGCCGUCAUGGCCGUCGGAUCUCUGACGAUCAAUGAGGAGCGUUCUGAGGUCAUCGAUUUCUCCGUCCCGUUCGUAGAAACUGGGAUCAGUGUCAUGGUCUCACGUAGCAAUGGAACUGUCUCGCCAUCAGCUUUCUUAGAGCCAUUCAGCGCAUCAGUGUGGGUGAUGAUGUUUGUGAUGCUCCUACUGGUGACUGCAAUGGCUGUCUUCAUGUUUGAGUACAUCAGUCCCCUUGGCUUUAACAGAAACCUGGCACAAGGAAAAGAUCCACAUGGGCCUUCUUUCACUAUGGGGAAAGCCGUGUGGCUACUGUGGGGUCUGGUCUUUAACAACUCUGUGCCGGUCCAAAACCCAAAAGGAACGACCAGCAAGUUCAUUGUGUCGGUGUGGGCUUUCUUUGCUGUCAUCUUCCUGGCUUCCUACACUGCUAACCUGGCUGCCUUCAUGAUUCAGGAGGAGUUUGUCGACCAAGUCACUGGGCUUUCAGACAACAAGUUUCAGAAUCCACAUGCAUACUCACCCCCCUUCCGCUUUGGGACAGUCCCAAACGGAUCUACUGAGAGGAACAUCAGAAAGAACUACCCCGCCAUGCACCAGUACAUGGUGAAGUAUCAUCAAACUGGAGUGGUGGACGCUCUGGUCAGCCUAAAAACAGGCAAACUGGAUGCCUUCAUCUAUGAUGCUGCAGUGUUGAAUUACAUGGCGGGCAGAGAUGAAGGAUGUAAACUGGUGACCAUUGGCAGCGGGUACAUCUUUGCCACCACUGGUUAUGGCAUCGCUCUGCAAAAGGGUUCCUACUGGAAGCGACAGGUGGAUCUGGCCAUCCUUGCCAUCAUCGGAGAUGGUGAAAUGGAGGAACUAGAAGCACAGUGGCUCACUGGAAUUUGCCACAAUGAAAAAAAUGAGGUGAUGUCAAGUCAGCUGGACGUUGACAACAUGGCGGGGGUUUUUUACAUGCUGGCUACAGCCAUGGGACUGUCCCUGAUCACCUUUAUCUCUGAGCAUCUCUUUUACUGGAGGCUUAGAUACUGCUUCACCGGAGUCUGUUCUGGAAAACCAGGUCUUCUUUUCUCCAUUAGUAGGGGGAUAUGGAGCUGCAUCCAUGGAGUCCAUAUUGACAUGAAGAAAAAGACAGACCUUGACUUCAGCCCUCAGGACAAAAUGCUCAAGCUCAUUAAGUCUGCCAAACAGAUGACCAACAUGUCUAAUCUAGGUGGGUCCCGCAUGAACUCACCCAAACGUGAAUUCAUGCACUCAGCUGGCCCCAUGAUCAUGGACAUGAUGGCAGAGAAGGGCAACUUCAUCUAUGCUGAUAACCGCAGCUAUGCCCCUAAAGACAUGAUCUAUGGGGAUAGCGGUGACUUGCAGUCUUAUUUCGCCAAUCGACACAAGGACCACCUUAACAACUACAUUUUCCAGGGUGGCCAACAUCCUCUCACCCUGAACGAUGCCAAUCCAAAUACAGUGGAAGUAGCGGUGAGUGCGGACGCAGUGCAGACAAACGCCAAGCCAACACGUACACUGUGGAAGAAGUCUGUGGAUACGCUUCGUUCUGUCCCACCAGGGCCCGCCCCGAUGCCUGACAUGCUCAUGCCAGACCCGCGAAUAUCAAUGAAGACACAGCGCUACCUUCCUGAGGACACAGCCCACUCGGACAUCUCUGACUGCUCCAGCAGGGCCGCCUCCUACAAGGACCCAGAAAACAACAAGCACCUGAAACCCAAGGACAACUUAAAAAAAAGAUCGGUGACGUCAAAAUACCCAAGGGACUGCAGUGAGGUAGAGCUGUCCUACUUAAAAACUAAGCAGGUCAGCAGCGGAACCAACCAAAGUGGGAGAGGAGGAGGAGGAGAGAAAAUCUACACCGUUGACUCUGAUCGAGAGCUGAGCCUCCAUUCUGACCCCGUUCACUACCGAGAGAGUCACGGUCUUCCUGCAGAUGACAUGGAUUAUCCGGAAAUUUACUCCGACCACAGUGACAACUACAGAAAGUGUGAGCAGCCCAUCAUUCAUCUAAACUCCUCGCCUUUACAUCAUGCAGACACAGAUCUCAUGCCGGACUCAACUUACUCUAAACACUACAGCCUGAAAGAGAAAAACCUUUCCUUAUCCCCCCAUGAAACCAUUGAUCGAUACAAACAGACACACUGCCGCUCAUGUUUGUCCAAAGUAUCUUCUAGCUAUCAGCAGGGAGGUCCUUAUGUCUCUGCCGGAUCUUCGUCAGCCUCUGGCACCCGCUCACCCUAUAACCGCUGCGAGGCAUGUCUUCAUACAGCCAAUCUGUAUGACAUCAGUGAGGAUCAGCUCCUUGCAGACCCUUUGGUUAGUCCAACCAUGCACCAUCGAGAGCAGCAGCAGCCAGACGAUAUGUUUGGCCUCUACUGGCCACAAACAGACGGACCUCACGUCCAAAAGCGGAAUCGUUUGAGGCUAAGUCGUCAGCAUUCUUUUGACAAUAUUAUGCUUGAAAAGCCAAAGGACGUGGAUCUGGGCCGACCAGCACGCAGCGUCAGCCUUAAGGAGAAGGACCGCUUCUUGGAAUCUACAUCUGAUUCGCAAUACGCAAACCUUUUUGGCAUGCGUCCCUACUCCGGCAGACUGUUCGGCACUGGGUCUAAAUCUAUGCUCUUCAACCACAACCUAGAAGAAAGCAAGAGGAGCAAGUCCCUGUACCCGGUCCACGCUUCGGACAACCCGUUCCUCAGCCAUUCGCUGAGGGAUGAUAGCAGCAGCAGACUGGUACACGGACGAAGCUCCUCUGAUAUUUACAAACAGCUGGCUGUGGGUUCCCCUGGUGGAGCAUUAGGAGCAGCCCCCAUCAAAACGCGCAACGAUGCGAACAAUCUUCGCUCUUCAGUUAAGUCCACCUCCUCAUACUGCUCAAGGGACGGGCGAAUAGCUAAUGACAUGUACAAUAAAGAGCAUGUGAUGCCUUACUCAGCCAACAAGACAAGUGCAUACCCAGCCUCACGUGGCGUCCUAAACUCAGCCCAGUUCAGCAAUAGACGGGUGUAUAAGAAAAUUCCCAGUCUGGAGUCAGAUGUUUAGUUAAAAUAUGAAAAAAAAUGUUUUCUCUCCUUCCUACUCCUCUAUGGGUUUGUAUUAUAAUUUAUCAACCAUGUUGUCCACUAAGGGAUGCCAUAGCUAAACUACAUAUUUCUUUCCCUGGAAAUAUGUAAGUAGCUAAACUAGAUGUUUCUUCUCUUGGACAUUGUAUUCAACUGGAACUUAAGCCCACUUGGGUCUGAUGGUAUUACUACUUCUAUCUUUCCAGAAAAUAACAUCAUCUUUGCUUAUUCUUUCCAAUGUACUACCAAGCACGCCACUUGGCCAACACACUACCAUUUGACAACCUGGUGUAAAACGAUGGAUGGGCAUUGAUAACUGGGUUUCACCAAACAGGAAGAAGAAUCAAUAAGUUUGAAGAAUAAAGGCAUUUACAAGAAUGCUGUUGAAGACAGGACAGGAAAGAUGAGAGAAAUCCUUUUAUCACACGCCCCUUUCUUCCCUUUCUUUAUUCACUGCAACUGCUGAGAUCAGGGUUCAGCAGUUCAGGUGGAAAAAUGUUUUUCACAACACCAGAUUGGUAGGCUUCUCAUGAAGUCGGUGUUACGGUUGGCUUCUUUAAUCUGCUUGUUACCAAGCAACAUCUUUACACCUGUUGAUGAAAGACUGAUGGGAGAAGAAAAGUAUAAAUGACAGAGUGGAUCAACCAUUUGCUUUUGGCAGGGAUGUGAAGUCAACCAGGGCUUUUUUUAGUGAUGUGCGAUAUGUAACGAAAAACAUCGAUGAUAAGAUGAAAAAUGCACGUUCUUUAAAUGAGUAAUGUUUACAGGUUUCAGACAAAUGACUCCUAGAAAGCAGAGAAACUUGAGACCAUCGACAGGCAUUUCAUUUGCGCUGCACAUAGAAAAAUGAUUGCAAAGUACUGCUUUUUUUAUUCUACUGAGCUAUAAGAUUUAUAAGGGAUUCUGACUUCCGAAUUCCAAUAUGUAAGAUUUUAGUGUUUGCUUAUUUGGUAGCAGAAUAGCUAUUAGUUUUGAACUCCCCCUUCCACUCUUCCUUUCACAUUUACAUUUGAAAAAAGGUUGGUUAUGAAAAAAUACCAUACAAAAACUUUUUUUUUUGCAUGUUUUUUUUUCAAUGUCAAAGAAGAGAAAUACAAACAAAUACCACCAUAGAUACAUAUAAAAUUGACAUGAUGACAAUGGAGGAGGGGAGAGCAAAGCUGAGAUUAGAUAAAAAGUGUGCACUGAUUUUUAUUUGACUUCAGCCCCCAUUUGACUGAGAAACAGGGUAUUAAAGUAUACAAAUGUUAACCUUUUUCUUUCUUUUUUCACAUGACGAUGGUCUAACAAUUGUUGACUAGACUGGUGUAACUUUUUUGGGGGAAAUAUGGGUAAAAUUUGAUUAUAUUUAAAACUCUAAUGUACUGUUUUCCAACUCAAUCUCAUGAGAGGUUGUAUGACAGCUAUGCUGGUUCACAGCCCAUGCUGUCAUAAUGUGAUCAAACUUAAUACAAAACAAAUAAUUCUGAUUUUUCAGAAUAAGACUAUAAGCAUCAUAUUGCACCACUGCUACUUAUCUGAGUUGCAAUCAUUUAAAUAUGGUAAAUUUUUGUAUGGUAUGAUUCAGGGACAGUUUAAUUUGAAACCAUCUCAAGUCCACAUGCUCAAAAUGUUUGGUGGGUUAUUUAUUGUUAUUAUGCUUUCUAGCAAUAAAUCUUGCUCUCAUGGAAAGGCUGUUUAAUACCCUGUCAAAUAAUGCCACAUUUGUAAGGUAUAUGCGUACAGUUGCCCCUGUAAAUCAGUAGAAGACAACCUGCAAUGCAUAAAUCUUGACAGGGUAAAGAAACUUGGGAUGAUCAUCUUCACAGCCUGUCUCUGAUACCCCCUGUUGGAUGGAACCUUAUUUUCAAUUUGUAAAUGAUACAGGGUUUGCAUGGUGGAACUGUGGUUAAGCACGUUUGCCUCACAGUGAGAAGGCCCUGGUUCGAAUCCCAGCAGGGGAGUUCUGUGUGGAGUUUGCACAUUCUCUCUUUUCAUGUGUAGGUUUUCUCUGGGCCCUUCCAAAAACUAUUUGGUAUCAGUCCAAAUACUGCUACCGAAUGCUUUGUAGGUUAAUUGGUUACUCUAAAGUGUCCCUGUGUGUGAGUGUGUGGAAGUGAUUGUGUGCCCUGUGACAGACUGGCGACCUGUCCAAGGUGUACCCCACCUUUGCCCAACAGUAACAGUAAUAGGUCUACCUCCGCCCAACCUUCGCUUUGGGUUUGCUGGGGUCACGGCAGCCCAGUGACCUAGAAAGGGAUACAGAUGGUUAAGAAUGGGAUGGAUGGAUGGAUGGAUGCUGGGGGUAACUCCAAACAAUGCAGCAACUUGGUGAUGUGAAGCAUCAGAUUGACUUUGCACAAUCCCAGCAGUCCCAAAGGGCCUUUUCUAGAUCAUUUAAACAUGGAAUGUCAAUUAUUGAGACAAACCCUUACUGACUGCGUUCAUGUUUGCAUUGAAGCUAAAAAUAGGACAUAUUCCAAAGCAAUAAUAAAAAAAAAUAGAUUUAAUGCAUUUUUCAUGGAUGCAAGCUGCUGCUGCUCAUCCCACAAAUGUAUGUUCCUUACAAAUGUGGCACCAUUUAGAAGGGAAACAAACGUGUUUACAAACAGUACAAGAUUUACUUCUAGGCAGCGAAAACAGGCUCCAUUUAUAUAAGUGUUGGACAACAGGUUUGCACACAGAAUGUCCUUUUCUGACACGUCUCUCCUUUCAGAAAUCAUAAGUCUUGCAAAACAUUUAGAAUAGCAAGCCUAAAUACUUUGAGUACAUAUCAUUGCAAACUUGUGUGAGACAUCUAAACUCAUAGUUUUUUCAACUACAACACUAUGUGUAUACCCGAUACAAAAAAAGGAUGAGAAAAAUGUAUUUGACCCAUAGUCCCAUUGACUAUGAUCGGCAUUAAGCUUGUGAAGUCCCACUAAAAAUGCUUCUUGGCCCACUACUGAGAUCUUGUUCCAGUCACUAAGACACUAGAGCUUUAAGCUUUUGUAACCCAUACUAAAGUAAAAGAAUGUAGGCAACGCUGUGCCGUUUGAAAACAAAGUUUCUCAAUCGAAUCCUGUACUAGUCAAUCUGGAUAAACUUGGAUUAUGUUUCACAAAAUGCGUAAAAGCACCUUGUGCUUUUGCAACUUUCUUGGCUAUCAUAAUACGUAAAAAGCAUUUAACAACGGGGAUUCCACAAAAGACACACUCCAUCUGUUUUUUUUAUUGAGUUUGUUUUAGACACAGGAAACACUUUAAGAGUUAAUCACAACUUCCAUUAUAGGUGGUUGUCUGUGGGCGAAAAAUGGCCAAACUUGCACAGGGCACACAAUUGGACUCUUACCAAAUUUUACGAUUGCAGAUUAUUUCAUUUUGCAAGUGACAGGUUUUAGCGAACACUUUUAUAACAUUUUACCCCGUGUAAGGGUAAUAUAGAUGAGACGUAGGUGUGUUGUACAGAUUUUUCAAUUUUUUUGACACAAGCCCUGCAGACUGCGCAAGGAACCUGUUAAGUCCUAUUCCCAGUACGUAGUACGUACUGUACGCACUCUGUGCAUGCAGCCUGACUGUUAGAAAUUAGGAAAUUCGACAAUCAGAGUGCUGUUUGCGUGUCAUACAGGUACUUAUGUAUCAUGUGCGCACCCAGUACUCUCCCAUGCGUGGGCUCCUAAGGGGAACCGGAAGACAGCAUCACCUACACUUCAUAAGUGUGUGUAACUUACAUUAGCCUUAUGAAUACUUCCCUAUACAGGUACGACGCGCACCACAUUCGUCUGUUCCAUUUUCAUGACACCACGUGAGGUGGUUGCACAGCAGCUGGACAGCACUUGGUUAAAUGUAGGACUGGCACACGGCAUACCAGGGUUUGCUUCCCCCGGGCACAAUGAGCUUCAUCCGAUGUAGAUCCUUGGGCAAGACCCUUCACACUACUGCCUAACUGUGUACCCACAGGGCCCAAGUCUGAAUCUCCCUGUGUCUGUCCCCAGCCCGGGUAAAAUACAGCGUUGUGUCAGGAAGGCGAAACAGGGUAGCUAUCUGGCGUAAAACUCUCUGCCAAACCAACUGUGCGAAACAGUGAAAGCUGAUCAUCAUCGUCUUUGACGUGGACAUAUAAGCCUCAAGGGAACUGCAAGACACACCUGGCUCCCCUUAAGGUGUGGCCACAGCCCAAAAACCAGUAGCACCCAUAUGGGGGUGGAUGUGACCAAGGCUUUAGUAAGUCAGCACACAGCCAGGUUCCAGUUGCACAAUUUUUAGGUAUAAAGUUUAAAGUUAAAAACUUUAGAAAUUGUUCAAAACAUUUCACAGGCUUACUUUUCCAUAUAAAACUUGCUACCAUCCCAUUUGGAUGCAUUUUGGGCAUAUGGACAAACAUAGUUGUUACUUUUUUUUUUUCUAAGACUGGGUAUAGGUAUCUUGUUCAGUCCAAUCAGCCAGGCUCAUGAAUAGCUAUCCGAGACAGGUGGCUCCUGGACCUUGCAGCAUUGUUUUAGUGGGAUAACAAGCCAACUAAAAUCCAGAUUAAACAGCUGUGUUCCUUGUUCAUCAUGUAUAAACCAUUUGUAAGAAAUAUUUGCUUUGUUAAAGUGGUGCAAAAUGAUUUAUUUAUUUUUUGGUUGAUUUAUUCACAUUGUUGUUCUUCUUGACUGCACUUAAAAACAUUGCACAUGCAAACACCUCCAUCUCCACUUGUGCCAACAUAAUGCUAAUUUUUGUAGCAUAGAGCUGUACACUUAAAAAAAUAAGAGCAUGAAACCAUCUUGGGUCUGCCGAUUGGACUGGCAAAACCACAUUUUUAUCAGAUAAAAUACCUCAGGAUGAUUUUGCAUGGAGGCAGAAGUAACAAAACGUGUGUGCCAAAUGUUUUUAAUAAAAAAUGACACUUU